AUGGCUCGUGGCGAUCAUCAAAUUGAUGAUGAUGAUUUCAUGGAUCCACCACAGCGUAAUCGGGCAACUGGACGGAGAAAAGAGGGUGAUGAGAAGAAACGUAUUCGCAACAGAGCCUCCCAAGAACGACUGACUGCGUUGACUGACAAAUUCACCGACAAUCAGAAGGGAACUGCUGCUGAGAUGGGUAUGCAGGCUCUGAUGGAUGUCCGGUGCACGAACCUUGUCAACCCUGUAUGCGAUUGGCUUGGUGAGAUCUACCACCCCGCCUCCAGGGAAUUCAUGAUUCCGGGACGUGGAAGACUACCGUUGAACGAGGAAUCCGUGUUCUGUACUUUGGGUGUGCCUCGUGGACAUAUCAAAGUCCUGUACGAGGUCAAUAAUGAGAUAGAGGAAGCGAUGUUCCCCCAUUUGUUUCCUGGAUUGGAAUCCAUGCCGAACACGUCUGCACUGGCAGAUUCGCUGCAGACCAUGACGACGCAUGGAGAUGUUUUCAAGAUGAAGCUACUCAUGUACCUCAUCUCAGCUGUUUUCGCGCCGACCACUUCUCUUCGCCCAAGCAACAAAUGCUUCCCCAUCCUGGCGGAUCUGAAAAAUGUGAAGAACAUGAAUUGGUGUAAGUUUAUUUCUGACUUCCUGCACGAUGCAUUCUCAAGCAAGAUGUACCAAAAGGGUUGUCGACUGCAUUUAUUGCUCAUGUAUGUCGACUGUCUUGAUCUGUCCACCGUGGAUUUCACUGGGAUAGGAGGCCCGCCGCCUACGCACAAGUUUGCUGUUUCUGCAUGGACUAUCAAUGUUGUCAAGGCUGUACUUGCCGCGGACAGGGUAACUGAUAUCAAAUAUGGAAAACUGCAGCUGAUGGCCAAGCAUGCUAUAGACUAUAGCGUGUUUGGGGGGCCUCAAAACUUUGAAAAGUGGAUGGACGUGCACUCAGCUUCGUCUUGCCCUACUGAGACGAGGGCACCUGUUGAGCAUCUAAUUGGGCAGUUUGCAUCCGGAAUGACCGGCUUGCUCGGGAAGUUGGUCGAGGGUUCCCAAGAGCCAGGUGACACACAAGAUGAUCUAGAUGGAGACGCUGGCCUCAGCAAGGAUGACGACGAUGACAUGGAGAAUGUGCAACAGGACACCGAUGACGAUGAACAUGCUGAAGUUCGCGUAGGUGGUAACAAGGGCAAGGAUGCAACAGAUGUCCCCCCACCAGAGAAAGUCAAAGAACAUACGGCUGCAAGAGGCGAGGGGGUGUUGCCAUCAAGGAGGGGGAGGGCUCCAGAGGAUGUUGGGCAGGGUUCUCCUGGCAAGAGGUCUAGGACCGAUCCCGUAGCUGUCAGGAGGAGCGAGCCGACCGCUGGUGAACGAGCAGUUACGAAGAAACAGGCGCCAACGCCAACCCAUGUUUCUGCUCGGUUGAACAAAGGUGCCCCCAUUGCCAGUGACACCCCUUCCACCAGGUCUUCUCCUCGUACGACGACGACCAACACCGGGGAUCCUGUCGUGUUGCCAGACCUGAGGAAGUCAGUCAAGAAGGUGAAGAAGACUACUAUGCGCGGGUCCAAGCAUAUCAUUAAGGACCCACUCGAACGCCUGCAUUCAAAGUUGUCAACAGGGGCAACUCAGAUGUUCACGAGGCGCCAGGCUACAAUACUGCUGUUGCACCAUCAACUGUUCCCACUAACUCUAAUAGGCAUCCGUACAUCGGGGAGUGACGAGUCGGUAUCUGCCAGGACAGCUGAAAUAUUGCCAACUCUUCUCGCAAUGAAGGAUGCUGCUGUGAGCCAUGCCACCCCAUCAGCAAGCGUUGAAGUGGACGCUCCCGAGACCAACCUAAGCAAGGAAGAUUCUCGCUCAUCUGACACUGAUUCCAAGCGUGUGUGUGGUGACACUCCUGUGUCCACGACAGAAGCGGCUGAGGCGGCAGUUCACAAUGAUAUGCCAUCUAUAGGUGAGAGUCUUGGCACAACAGCUCCAGCUCCUGUCGGUGCAGAUACUGCUAAGGCGACCGUUUCGCGUGCUGGUCUUCCACCUAGGCGUCGUAGCCCCCGCAAGCAAUCAACAGCCAUACCCAACACACCGACUGUAGCUAGGAGCAGCAGAGACGAGUCUGGUUAUGUCCUUGCGUCCACACUGUUCCCCCCACCUGCCACAAGCAAUGCGACGGAGAAACCGGAAGACCGGAGCACAACUGAUGCAGGUGUCAAGCCGGGCAUGAGUGACGCAGGUGAACGUCUGGAGCAGAGUGCGCCUUUACCUGCAGUGGAAAUCCCCAGUUUAAAUCUGCGCACUUCCAAGCUCCCAGUCAAUGUGGGUGUCCCAUACAGCCCAAACAAGAAGAUUGUCAAGAAAGCUGCGGCUGAUACCGCUGACAAGACGCCCCGCCCUACAAAUAAGCCCGAUCAUUCUGUAGCGGCCGAUUCAGAUAUGUUUGUUGAUCUUUCACCUUUGGAUUCUGCCGCGCAAGUUGUUCGUGGUCCGGCAAGUAGGCAUGAGAUGCACCCAAUGGCCUUCACCCCACCGAGCUUCAGUCUUGACAUCAGUCAAGAUGAACCAGUGGUGCCAGAUCCUAUGCCAGUUGCAUUUGCUUUCCCGGGAGGCAUGCCCGCAAUGAUGGCGCAGCCAAUGGUCGAGGGCAGGAAGGCUGUCAAGUUUGCAGAGCCGAUAGUUCAAGUGUAG